UGCACUGAUGCUGCACCCGUACCUUCAACACGUGACCAAAGCCGAGCUGCACUGCUUCAUGACGUCAGGCUUCGCCAGCAUGUCUGCAGUCAUGAUGGGGUCGUACAUCGCCCUCGGCGUGGAGACUCAACACUUGGUCACGGCAGCGGUGCUGGCCGCUCCGUCGUCCCUGCUUUGCUCCAAGCUGCUCUUCCCCGAGACUGAGGAGCUGCGCAUCGUCACAGUGCGGCUAUACAAACACAGCAGCACCGACAGCAGCGCGCUGGAGGCGGGCGCCAAGGGAGCCAUGGCGUGCCUGGCCCUGGUCGGAGGCAUCGUGGCCAACAUCAUCGCCUUCAUGGCGUUCAUACACUUCCUGAACGGCGUGUGUGAGUGGACAGCCGAGGUCCUGAUGUUCGAGGGCGUCACUUUUGAGAGACUGCUGGGCCGAGCGUUCACUCCUCUGGCGCUGAGCAUGGGCGUCCCGUGGGAGGACUGCGCAGCCGUGGGUGAGGUGAUCGGCGUCAAGGUCGUGGCGAACGAGUUCAUCGCUUACCAUUCGCUGCUCGCAAAGUCGCUGGAUGCCCGCUCGGUGAUGCUGGCUACGUACGCGCUGUCGGGCUUCGGCAACCUCUGCUCGGUGGGCGUAAUGCUGGGCAGCCUGGCUGCCCUGUGCCCCACAAGACUGGCCGAGGCCUCGAGCAUCGCCUUCCGCGCGCUGUGGGCUGGCUGCUCGGCGAGCAUUCUCAGCGCCUGCGUCGCCGGUAGCCUGACCCAUAUAUAAUGCAAGGAAACGGAUCACCUUUCUUGGAGCUUUUUUGAGCAAGAUGUUCUAUCCCUACAUUGUGGAAAGGAGACGAGUAAACCAGCUUUUGCAUCCCGGACCAUUAUCAUCCAUAGCUUUUCGUUUUUCUAAUUGCGAAUUUUACUAGACACCGUCCUUAACAUAAAAGAACUAGUCCCGGCUUUGUUUCUUGCGUGCUCUGUAUGCAUAAUCAUUUCACAUUAUCACUCAUUACUUCAAACAUAUCACCUUGAUUUCUGUCGCUGUUUUAUAUGGACGGACGUUGCCGUAUUUAUCUGUGCAUAAGAGAAAUCGAAUUCAGUUGCAAUAAUACUUAUGACAGUCUUUUGAGGUUUCAAUAUUGUCUUUUUUAUGUAGACUUUAUGAGCAACGAAUAUCAACGGUCCCACUCAACAUACUCACUUUCAUUCUUAUUUUUCCCCCUAAGUGUGUAUCGCGUAUCAGAUCUUCGCACGAACACAUCACCCACGUUUCGCCCAAUGGUUACGGUGUAGAAGAGACGUCUGUACAUAGCACAGCUGCAGAAGCCCCUAUGUUCGCCAAGUGGCAGAUACAGAAUAUUCUUGAAAUUAAAAGUAUUAUGAAAUACA